AUGAUGAUGCAAUUGAGUGAAAAUGAUGCAAGAUACAACUUCAUGUGGAGGUCAGAUCCCUUUCACGCGUUUUACCGGCAGAAGCUUACCGAAUACCGUUCUCGAAAUCAACAAAAUGGAGCUAAUCAUGAUUAUGAUGCUGCUACUACUGCUUACCAGCAAAAGCUUAUCGAAUACUGUUUGCGAUUUCAACAAGACGGAGCUAAUCAUGAUUAUCAUGCCGCUGCUACUGCUUACCUGCAGAAGGCUACCGAAUACAGUUCUCGGAAUCAACAAGACAGAGCUAAUCAGGAUGAUGAUGAUGCUCGACGCAUUGUUCUGCCACAUUUUCUAGAGGUUAGACUUCCUAAAGGGAUGAAUGUCAAGGAGUUUAGAACUAUGAAGCUCACAGCGCAGUUUGGGGCAUGGUAUGGGAACGAUUUCUGGCUGGGGUUCAAAAACAGAGCCGGGUUCGAGUUUACGAAUCCAACUGAUAGCAGUUUGUUCUCGAGUAUUCCGAAGUAUGAAAGCCCCCAUAAGAUUUGA